GAAGGAGUUGCCAGCGAAGCCCAUCGUCUGCAUCCUCGGGGGCACAUCUAUUUCGAAACCGGAGACGAAGGAGACGGUAAACGCCUUGGCAGACGGGUUGAGCACCCGAGUUGGGACGCGGGCCGUCUUCUUGACAGGGGGCAUGGUUGGGGUGCAGAAAGAAUUUGCGGAGAGCUGCGCUGAAAGCUUGUCGCUUUUUCACCUCACACCUUUUGGUGAAAACAGUUCCUUCUCUGUCGGCCAAGAUGUGCACGCAGGCACCAGCCUGCCCGAGAGAAAGGACGUGUAUGGCUUGCUGGGAGACCUGUACAUUACGAUUGAGGGUGGCCCUGGAGUCGCGGGAGAAGCUAAGGCUGCUGCUGAACGGGGUGCGGCUGUGAUACCUUUGAUACGCAGUGGUGGUGCCUCCGCUGGAAUGUUUGACUUUCCGACAAGCUGCCUGGACAAGCCACACUGGGCCCUGGAACCCCAGUGGUCUCUGUUGUCGAAGGAGGGAGCCUCGAACAAGGAGGUUGCGACGGCCAUGGUAUUGCUCGUGGAGUGUUACCUUCAGGAGCUACAGAGAACCGGCAUGCCAGGCAGCUCCACCACGCCAUGGUCGCCCAGCAAAAAGUAG